UUAAUAUCGGUUAUGUAUGUAUGCCUGUAUGUAAUCAAUAUUAAACAAAUCAGCUUGAUACUGAGACCUCAAGGCGACCACUAGCAGAGCAAGAUAGUCGAGCCUUCAAGUUCAAGACUUUGAAUAACUAGUCAAAAUGUCGACAAAAAGUCAAUCCAAAGAAAACGAAAAACCAGAAACUAAACAAUCUUCCGCAUUGUCUGUCAUCAAAGAGUUCUGUGACUACACUUCCAUUCAUGGCCUUGGUCGAGCUGCUGGUGCAAAAUACCUCGUUCACAGAUUAAUUUGGCUGUUGCUAUUCUUGGGUGCAUUAACGACGUCAGCCUAUCACUUCAGAGAACUCUAUACGAAGUAUAAAAGUCACCCCAUCGGUACCAGUAUUACUAUUCAGAGUGCAUCGACUCUUCCAUUUCCAAGCGUCACGAUUUGCAACUUGAAUCCUCUUCGCAAGACUUUACUGGACACUUUGCCGUCCAAAGAUUACGUCACGCUUAAAAAAAUCCUUGACAAAGGUGAAGAAGUGUUGAGCAGUAUCGGCUUACAAAAUGCACAAAUCCUUCCCGGUCGGAAUACGACUCUUGCUGCUGGUAUUCUGGGUACUGUCAAUCAAUUAUUGACAACAGUAGGUCCUGCCCUGCCAAAUGCAGGAAACAUAUUAUCAACAGUGCAAUCAUCUCUGCCAGAUUCAACCCCUGUUCCUGGUAUUCUGGGUGUUGUCAAUCAAUUAUUGACAACAGUAUUGCCAAAUGUAGGAAACCUACCAUCACUACAAACAUCUCUGCCUAAAGCACAAUCGACAUCAACCCCUAAACUGGGAAAUAAAAUGAAGUCAAUUGUGAAUAACAUCGUUGGUGCUGAAGUAAACGAGCUUAAUAUCGAUUCAAGCAACGACGAAGAUGACGUUUUCGAGAAUAUUGAGCGCCUGACUAAAGAGAUCAAACUGGAAGAGACUUUGUCAGCAAUCCUUGCUUCUAUUGAUGAGAACAAGCUAGCAGCCAUUGGACAUCAGUUUAAUGAUACCGUGGUAAAGUGUUCGUACAGAGGAAUAGACUGCAAGCAGUCGUCCAUUGCUCGUUGGAACACCUUUUGGCACUACAAGUACGGCAACUGCUUUGUAUUUAAUCCUGGUGGGAAGAUGAAGACACUGAAGUCCAACAUGGUGGGACCUGUUCAGGGUCUAUCUCUCCGGCUUUUUGUCGAUCAGGAGAACUACAUUGACCAACUUUCACCAGCCGCCGGCUUCAAGAUUCUUGUCAAUCACCAAGGACAAAUGCCUUUUCCGUACGAAGACGGCAUAACCGUACCUCCUGGCAUCUCUGCUUCAUUUGGCAUCAACAAGGCGGAGAUAAGACGAGAUAACUCAAGAGAACAGAGCAGAUGUUUAGAUACCAAGUUAAGCAGCCCUGAAAAUCUCUAUAAUACAGAAUACGGCGCUUCUUACUCUUUAAUGGCCUGUACGGGAUCCUGUUUGGCUUAUAAUCAGCGAAAGUACUGUGAAUGCAUUGAGUACAAAUAUCCGAGGGAUGUUGCUACACCUGUCUGUGAUGUUCUGAACAGUUCAGUGGCAAAAUGCUUGAGCAAAGUUCUACAGAUGUAUGGAGAACAAGAACUUAAUUGCUCAAAAGAAUGCCUUCUCCCUUGCAGAGAAGAAUCAUUCAAGACUACUUUCUCUAUGGCAGCCUGGCCGUCAAAAACGUAUGAGGCAGAAGCAAAUUUAGAAGCAAAAGUAAACCCAAAUGCGACAAAAAAUAUCACGUUCAAGGAUAAUUACUUGGAAAUGCGUGUGUACUACAAGGACUUGAAUAACGAAGUAACUGAAGAAAAAUCCUCUUAUGGGCCAGUUGAUUUCGUAUCUGACAUUGGAGGUCAACUGGGACUAUGGCUCGGUGUAUCUGUACUUGCAGCAGUAGAGGUCCUUGAAUUGAUCGUAUUGUUAUUUAUUUAUUUAUGUGGAAGAAAAAAGAAAGUAAGAGAUCGAGACUGUGAAGGUAUCAUUGUUCUGGGGACCAAAACUGGAUUGCCCAAACCUGACUGAUCUGAAAAAAUGAAACACUUGGCCUGGCUAUAGUAAUAUUGAGUUAAUUGCCAAUAUCUGAUAGCGUUGUUCUGAAGGAGACCAAAAAUGGUUUGCCCAAAGCUAUCACUGAUCGGAAAGAAUGAAACACUUGGACUGCCUAUAGUAAAAUUGAGGGACCUUAAGCUGCAGGACGGCAAAGACGACGACGACGGCAACCACACAAUAGCACUAAUUGCGCUAUUCAAUAGAUACUCGUUGGAAUGUGCGAAACACUGCGUGCAUAAUUGCCGUCUUAUGCUGAAAGUAAGACGUGAAAUGCCCUAUUUUUACGAACUAAAUAGAACGGCUACGCCAAAAGCUUAUCUUUGCUGAUUUUCGUUAUAAGUAAAGCGCUCCCAAAAGACGUCAUUUCACUCUAAAACGGGGAUGCUCAUUGAGUAAAAUACUAGGUAAACACGAAAGAAUAAUACAAUAGAAGGUUGAAGCGCCUCAAUUUCGCCGAUGUUGUCGCCCACUUUGCCGUCCUGCAGCUUAAGGUCCCUAUUGACGAGUCUUAAAACCGUCCAGUGUGGCUUAGCCCCACUUCUGAGGUCGGUUAACAAAAGCAAAAAUUAUAAUAACGAAAGCAGCAAUUUCUGGAUUCGAGGCUAAAGCUCAUCCAAUGGAGUUUUAAAGAGUCGUCAAUGCUAAAUGAAAAUGUCAAUAUAUAUUUGAAUGAACAGAGAUAGAAAGAGAUAGAAUCUUGAAGAAGUUUACAGUAAAUGUAUUAGAUUUUUUUUCGUAAGUCAAUGCAUUUUUGUAACACCAAAGUGUUCGAUGUUCUGAACGCGCAAAAUUAACUUUGACGAACUGAUUAGCAAUAUUUUUACAGAUAUAAGCAGUUAUCCUAUGUAUAUUAAAUUUGAAGAAUGUUUCAUUUUUGGGGGUUUCGUUUUUGCUUGCAUAGUCACCCCCCUUCCCCCCAAGAAAGCAAAGCAUUGACACGAUAUGAUAAAUCAUUUAGUGGCCAUCAAUAGACCCAUUUAUCUUUGUAUGCAAAUUGCCCAUUUCAGAUCACAUGACAUUCCCUUGAGAAUUGUUCUUUUAUGACGAACAUGUUAAAAUAUUUACAUUUGAAAGAAUCAACUCCCAAGAGUUGCAUCACAUGGUCUGAAAUGUUGCAACAAACAACGAAGCUAAAUUGGUCUAUCAGUUGAUACAAUGAAGAAUUAAGAUUCAUUAAAAAGCAGAGAUAAAAGACGUUACUAGAUUCAAAAACAAAAAGCACUACAAACCCCCGUAGCCAGUAUAUAACAUGUGGAAAAACUUUGUAAAAAAAUACUCAAUUAAUUAGCACACAUUAGUUAGUUGAUCAGUACACCCUGUCAUCCUUAGAUCUACAAAACUUUGCACUAAUUUGUACGCUUUUAUAGCAGAGUGAAGGCAUUCAGUAACCCGUGAAAUAAAAAUUUUUAGUCAAUG